AUGUCAGGCAUUGGCCAACCUAAAUCCGAUGUAACCCGCAACAAGUCACAAAUAAGUAGCAUCGAAGGUGAAAUAUCAACAGAAAGACAAAAAUUAAAUAAUAAUGCUCUUUCUCAAGCCGAACGAGGAGGAAUUGAAGCACUUAUACAAGACCUCGAAACCAAAAAAGCACAGUAUGAAGAAGCUAAUAACACAAUACGGGCAGAAAUAAGUAUGAAAUAUUUUGGAUCGAACACAUCUCAAAACUAA